AUGCCAAGGUCUUUAACCCACUCCCCAUCGACUUCCCCAAGAGCAGAGCAGAAACCUUCGCCUCGAGGGCCUUACCCCGUCCCCAGCAGCAAUCCUGCCAGUCAAUACACACUCCUUGAGAAAUUAGGGACAGGCAGUUUUGGGACUGUCUACAAGGCGAUUCAUAACGACACCAAGCAAAUAGUUGCAAUCAAGCAGAUAGACUUGGAAGAUUCUGAUGACGAUAUUUCGGAAAUCCAGCAAGAAAUUGCCAGCCUUGCCCAAUGUGAUUCGGAAUACGUUACGCGCUAUUACGGCUCCUUUGUCGUUUCUUACAAGCUUUGGAUCGUGAUGGAGUAUCUGGCAGGCGGCUCUUGUUUAGAUCUUCUGAAACCUGGCGUGUUUACGGAGGACCAUAUUGCCGUUAUCUGUCGGGAGCUGCUUCUUGGUCUUGACUAUUUACACACAGAAGGCACUAUUCAUCGAGACAUCAAGGCAGCCAACGUCCUCCUCUCGUCUUCUGGGAAAGUGAAACUAGCCGAUUUUGGAGUAGCUGCACAAUUGACAAAUACCCUUCGUCAUACGUUUGUUGGAACACCCUUUUGGAUGGCGCCAGAGGUCAUCCGUCAAGCAGGUUACGAUGCAAAGGCGGAUUUGUGGAGUCUAGGAAUUACGGCCAUCGAAAUGGCAAAGGGGGAGCCACCCUUGGCGGAAUACCAUCCUAUGCGCGUACUCUUUUUGAUUCCCAAAGCAAAACCCCCAGUUUUGGAAGGCUUAUUUUCUGCAACAUUCAAGGACUUUGUUGCACAAUGCUUGACAAAGGACCCCAAGACGCGGCCGUCGGCUAAUGAACUACUUGAACAUCGUUUCAUACGCAAUGCCAAGAAGACUUCACACCUGACCGAACUCAUUGAGCGGUAUCAAGAUUAUCGUGCUCGUACUCCUGCAAAAGGACAAGCCCAUCACCCCAGCGUACGGAAUACCCUCACGUGGGACGCUAAUGACACUAUGCGCAGCGAUUGGAAUUUCGAUACCGUCAAAUCGGUCGCUGCGCUGGGCGCAUUCCGCGGAACGGCCAAUGAGCUCCUUAUGCCUUCCAGAAUGAUUCCAGAAAGUGAUAACGAGGAGAUCCAAAGCGAAAUCUGUAAUUCAAUAGACACAGGUGCUGCUACCAAAGGAAGUGACCCUAUUCUCAGCUCAGCGGACGAAACAGCUCCACGCUCCACGGUUAUCAUUAAGCCUCAACCUCUGCCAGGAACGGAAGCUCAACCACCGACAGCUGGUGACGACCCACCCUCUGGCGCACCUCCAGCCUAUUCUGGCUCCAUUCGAGGCACGCGCCGGUCAUCAUAUAGCGAACGAACAUCUUUGAAUGGGUCGGGAACAGUCGUUAGGGAGGCGGAUCUUGGAACAGGUGUUGACACUAUUCGGCCAAUCAAGAAGGUUGACCCUGUCGGGUCUUUGCGCCUAUCGGCGGAAUUUGUAGGCAGUAUGAAAAGAGAGGGGAAUGGCUCCUCCUUUUCACGAGCGCCGUCAUCCCAUCGGCGCACGGUGAGUGAAACUUCCAAGGCUGGGCGGGCCAUGGUGGACGAAGUUGUAAUUCCGAUCUUACAAACGGCUAUUCGAGAUGAUAUGGACGCCCGGGAGAUCGAAUCCCUCAGUAUGUUGUUGAGAGGGUUCGCUGAGCUCAAGGAGGCAAACGCGGAGCUAACUUAUACCCUUAUCCUUGAUAUUCUGCAAGGGAUCAAUGACAACGCUUCUGUCAAAAAUCAUGUUCAAACGUCCCGUAUUUUGUUCCCACACAAACGGAUAAUCAGGAAAAGCGAGAUGACUGCCAAAGGCUUGGUAGUCACUGAAGAGCAGGAGGAGAUAUCUGGUUUGCCAUCUCCGUCAACGUCCAUAUUACCAACUUCAGCAGCAACUCCGAUUCCGGAUUCGCCACCCCGUAGGUCACCAAUAUCAGAGCUCCUUUACCUGCGGUGGCUUGAAGGUUUGAAGCUCAAAUGGCCCAGUAUGCUGUCAACUUGAUACCACCUUGCCUCGCCCCGAUAAUAUUUUUACGUUUUCUUUCUGAAGGAUAUUAAUGUAAUGCUAGUUAGUUUAUGACUCCACGCACUCACGAUACUCAUGACAGGAUACUCAUGACUUGCAAUGUAACAUUUAUUACAAUCACAAA